AUGUAACAGAGAAAUUGAUAGUAGUAAUAGCAGUAACAGCAUUAAAAGCAGUAGUGUUUCUUCAGAGACGUAGUAAUAGUAGUAAUAGUAGUAAGAGCAUUAAAAGCAGUAGUGUUUCUUCCAUCAGAGACGGAGGUGUCAUACUAUUUACAUCUGUUUUCUCUCUGCAAAAGAAAAUGUUUUGUACAACAUGCGAAAUACUUUCGGGUGCAUUGAUUGUGAUAACUGCCUAUCUGCUCUUCCAAUGGUUUCUUCGGACACUUAAAGUUGGAGAUUUCAAUCAGAAAUAUGUGUUAGUCACUGGUUGUGAUACAGGUUUCGGUAAUAUGCUGGCCAAACAACUGGAUGAACUUGGUUUUAAUGUAUUUGCUGCUUGCCUAACUAAAGAAGGGGUCGCAGAUCUCCGUGGCUGCUGCACACAAAAGCUAGAAGCAUUUUUGAUGAAUGUUACUAAGAAAGAAGAAAUUGAAAAGGCUGAAAAAUUGGUCAGAUCUAGACUUCCAGAUGAUAAAGGUUUGUGGGCUUUGGUUAACAAUGCUGGCGUCUUGGGUACAUUUUUGUUCCCAGAAUGUAUGACUCGGAAACAUUAUGAUGAAGUUAUGGAUGUAAACAUAUAUGGAACGAUAGGUGUUACAACAGCCUUUUUGCCUUUACUCCGCGUGUCAAGGGGAAGAAUUGUGAACGUAUCUAGUAUCUUCGGAAAAGUUACACCUUCUACAUGCAUACCAUACUGUAUAUCAAAACAUGCAGUUGAAUCUUAUUCAAACGGCCUCAGAUGUGCUUUAAUAAUACAGAAUGUAACUGUGCAUAUAAUACAACCAGGAGGCUUUGCGACCAAUUUGACGUCAUUUGAAACAAUCGAAAGGAGAGCAAUCCGAGAUUUUGAAGCUUCUCCCAUUGAGGUUCAACAAUACUAUGGUAAAAAAGCCUUUGAUCACUUUAUCUCAGUUCUGCGAGAUAUCACCGGAUACCUUGAUACAAACCUUCAGCGAGUCGUCUCUUGCCAUAUCCACGCCAUCACAGCCAGAUACCCAAAGUAUAGAUAUACACCUGGUUUUGAUGCACAAUUUCUUAUACCACUGUUACGAAUGCUCCCUGUUUGGCUCUCGGAUCGGAUUUCAAUAUUCAAACCGGAACCACCUGCUGGACUUAAAACUGUUAAAACACAAUAAAACAAACAUUUUCAAACA